UCCACUCUAACAUGUCCCAAUCCGAAGACCAGGUUCCCAGGUCGCCUCCUGAGGCUUCUCCCGCUCCAGAUAACGACAACGUCGUCGAAAAAAACCACCCCAAUCCGCCGUCUGAUGCGUUUAGUCCCACCUCCAUCGUGCUUGCAAAAGUCAAAGGGUAUCCCCCAUGGCCGGCAAUGGUUCUAGAUGAAAUGAUACUCCCGGAUCAUAUCUUGGCCAGGAGACCCAAGACCGUCAAGCUUCCGCCCAAGCGGAAAAACCAGGGACCGGUGUUGAUUUUACCUGUGCGCUUCUUUAGUGACGAUACCUACAUCUGGAUCAAGUCGUCUGAUAUUAGGCCGUUGACCGAGCUGAUGAUUGAAGACUUCUUUGCCAAGGCCAAAAGAAGGAGAGACAACCUCCUUGAAAGUGCCUACACGUUGGCCCAGAAUCCGUUGGAUAUGGAGUUAUUUGUCAAAUACGGAUCCAGUGGUAAACCUCCACCCACACCUGAACCCGAACUCAAACCAGCUGAAGAAGACGAAGAUGAAGACGAAGACG